AUGACUGACUCGUCUUUAGACUCACUUGCCCAAUCGUUGGAGAAGCGUCCCUUACGGCCGUGGUUCAACCCCUUCCGCGGGGUCAAGGCCGGCCUCGUCAAGGGCGUUCCGUGGCUGGAAGACCUCUAUAGGUUCCCAAAAAGCCGCGUCAAGGUCGAGUUCACGGGAAAGGAUGCGGGAGGUGAGGCCGUUGAGUUAUCACAAGAAACACUAUAUAGCGUGUUCCGUCGUUAUGGCAAAAUCGCCGAAAUCACCUCUCAACCAUCCGACUCGAAAAUCUUACCCAAAUACGCAUACGUCGACUUUGCCCUCGUACGCGAUGCCAUCAUGGCAAGAAAUUGCCUGCACGGAUUCGUUGUUGACGAGGCGCUGGGUGGUGGCAAACUGGGCACGAGACUUCGACUCUCGUACGAACAGAGAGUCAAACCGCACAACAUUUGGAACUGGCUCACCAGCCACCCCAGAGUGGUCAUCCCUGUCGUCGCAGCUCUUCUCGCUGCGAUUACCGUCGCCAUUUUCGAUCCGAUCCGCGAAUUCUUCGUCAAAGCGCAUAUCCAACAUUCCUUCCGUCUGACGAACAACAAGUUCUAUAGAUGGAUCAAGAGCCAGACCUCCGACAUCAUCUCCUCUUUCGGGCACAAGAAAGCCGACAAGGCCGGCUUCAAUGCUGUGUGGCAGCACCGGAAGGACCUGAUCGAGCAGAUUCAGACUUGGCUCCUCGAAAGCUCAGAUACCUUCAUCGUCGUUCAAGGUCCCCGAGGAUCCGGAAAGAAGGAGCUUGUUCUGGACCAGUCGCUGAAGGGACGAAAGAACGUUUUGGUAAUUGACUGCAAACCAAUCAUUGAGGCAAGGGGCGAAAGUGGGACGAUCAAACACCUGGCCAACGCAGUGGGAUACAAACCCAUUUUCGCCUUCCUCAACAACAUGAGCAGCAUGAUCGAUCUGGCAGUUCAGAGCACAACAGGAGUCAAGGCUGGAUUCUCCGAAACCCUCGAGUCGCAGGUUGUCAAGAUCCUCCACACGACUGCUGAAGCACUGAAAGAGGUUUCUCUCGCUGGCCGCGACAAGGAUGGAAAGGACGCCGAUCUAUCGGAUGACGCUUACUUGGAGGCUCGCCCUGACAAGCGGGCUGUUGUGGUGAUUGACAACUUCUUGCACAAAAACGAGGGCUCCAGCAUUGUCUAUGACAAGGUUGCUGAGUGGGCUGCCGCCAUGGUCCAGAAUAAUGUCGCCCACGUCAUUUUCCUGACGGAUGACACGGCAUACUCAAAAUCACUGUCAAAGGCCAUGCCAGACCGCGUUUUCCGUCAAGCUGCUCUCGGCGACCUCUCUCUUGACGUCGCCAAAAAGUUCAUAAUCAGCCGGUUGGAGGAGGACGAGCUCGAAAAGGUCCGAGAGCAUUCAAAAGAAGCGAACGAGAAGGCCGAGAAUGUUGUUGAAAUACGUGAGAGACCGGACCUGUCGGAGCUCGAUUCGGCCAUUGGUAUUCUGGGCGGCCGCCUGACUGAUCUCGAGUACCUGGCUCGUCGCUUGAAGGGCGGUCAAAGCCCCCAGCGGGCCAUUGAGGACAUUAUCAACCAGAGUGCCACGGAAAUCGUCAAGAUGUACCUUUUGGACGGCAAGGACACAUUCGAGGGCAAAAAGUGGUCCAUGGAGCAAGCUUGGUACUUGAUCAAGGCACUUGCCUCCCAUGAUGCUCUCCGAUACAACGAGGUGAUAUUGUCCGAUACUUUUGCUUCGUCCACCACUACAGGCGCUUCGAACGGCGAAUCGGCACUGGAAGGCCUGACAAAUGCUGAGCUUAUCACUGUCGAGACGUACAACGGUAGGCCGCAGACCAUUCGUCCCGGCAAGCCAAUGUAUCAAGCAGCUUUUGGCCUGCUUCUCGAGGACCACGUUCUCAGAGCCAAGCUGGACCUCGCUACGCUCAAGGAGUUGACCAAGGUUGAGACCAAGACCAUUGAGAAGGUCGAAAACGAACUGGCACUGUUGGGUAGUUUACCGAAGCAGCCCUCUCAAACCGGACCUCGCGUAUCCUAUUUGCUCGACAAGCUCGAAGGAAGCCAGGCAAAGAUUACAAAGUACGAAAAGGAAAUAGCGGCGUUGAAGAAGGUCCUUAAGCAUAACUAUUAA